AAAAGCUUUUGUGCGGUGUUUGUAUCGAAACAAUCCGACUGUCCCUUGUUUCCUGAAAAAGCACACCCAUUGACCUUUAAGGAGUGAAAACGAAACAAAUAAAUAUAUAUUCGCAAGAAGAAUGUAGAAUUUAUGAAGUUGAAGGUGGACAAGAAGAUUUUUAGGAGGAGGUGUAAGCCAUUUUUGGUGCUACCCACGAUAGAGAAAGACUCGAUAGACAAGAGCCAGGAAGACCUCUUCACCAUGACAAACAAGAACACGGGACUGAAACUGUUUACCAAAACCUGGACCCCAAAACGAGAAAAAAAGAACAAAAAGACAGAGGAACAACCCAGACCUCUGACGGCCACCUUGGAAAAGCCUAUGAUCCUGGACAUCAGCCUCGUAGGCAAAAUAGACAUGAGCAAGAUACGAAAAGAGUUUCUUAACAUUUCAAACUUAUGCAGAGUGCCUUUGAUAAUCAAAAACAAGAACGUGCUCAAAGUGAACAGACCUCUGAGUUUACCGCCUCCAGAGAAACACAAGAACAAAAAAAAGAAGAUCUCGGAUGCGGAGGACAGUUUUGAGGAUGAGGAGAGCACCAGCGUGCAGAGCGCGAGGAAGAUAAAGAACGACAAGAUCAACAAUAAGAUCAAGACAGCCUCUAAGAAAGGUGGGCUCUUAAGGCCGGCUACGAUUAGUGACGCGAACAACAAUAAAACGCUUAAAGUGCCGCGCAAAUGUGGUGUGGCGAACGGGAAAGUGAUGAACCUUAAAAGUGAGCUCAUCAAAUCGACCAAACUCCCAGAACCCUGUUCGACUUGCGGUAGGCCCGAUCAGCCAGAGCGGUUCCACAGUCAUCCUGCCACCCUAAUGAGGUCGACGGGGAAGAGGACGGAGGAGUCUCCGAAAAUACCAGUGAAGAGUACGGUGCAAAAACCGGUCGCUAUAAAGUAUAAAUCGAAGACAAAUGCCGAGAAAAAGGCAAUCUCCCCACCUAGGAAACCACUGACCUCUACGCCGCCUGUCCAGAAGGCGUCCCAUAUCCCUCAAACUGUGCAGAGGACCAGUAAUCCAACCGUUACUUCAAAACCUGCCGAGCCUGUGCCUAGAGCUAAAUCAGCGAAGAGGACGUUAACUUGCUACCUGUGUGGUAGAGAGUUUGGUACCGCUUCGUUGCCGCUACACGAGCCGAAAUGUUUGGAGAAAUGGGAACGAGAAAAUGCUAGUCUGCCGCCCCACCUCCGGAGGAAACCUCCUCCAAAACCUGACCAUUCCAUGUCAAAAGAUGAAUGGAACAAACUGGCUUGGGAGGCUUCACAGGCGACCUUAGUGCCAUGUCAAAAUUGCGGAAGGACGUUCUACCCGGACCGGUUGUUGGUUCAUCAGAAGAGCUGUAAGACACCACAGAACAACCCAAAAACGACCUCCUCAGAGCUCCAAGUACCCAAUAACCCAAUUCCAAUGUCUCAAAGCAGCCCAGCCACUCCCUCUGGACGUCGGCCACCCAGUGUGGAGUGCUACAUCUGCGGGAAAAUGUUCGGUUCCAACUCUAUCAAGAUUCACGAAAAGCAGUGCUUGAAAAAAUGGAACAUCGAAAAUGAGUCCCUGCCUCCGGAUAUGAGGAGUCCACCGCCCACUAGGAACACCGAAAAAAAGUCAGUGACUCCCGAACCCGAACAGCAACGAUCCCUUAUCGAAAACGAAAAAGAGAAGGAGGACCGUCCGAAGUCGGCGAAGAAACCGCCUCUGUUUCCUUGCUACAUCUGCGGGAAACUUUUCACGGUCAACUCGAUUUACAUCCACGAACCGCAAUGCCUGAAAAUGUGGAAAAUCGAAAACGACAAAUUACCACCAAAUAAGAGAAGACCGCAGCCCCUCAAACCUGACAUCAAAUUUACACCGUCUGGAGGAGUAGACUUUAUUGGAACUUUCAAUAGGAUUUGGGAGAAUCACUUGGCAGAGUUGGUUGAAUGCAGACGGUGUGGUAGGAAGUUUUUCCCGGACAGAAUUGAGAUGCACGAAAAAGCAUGCGCAGGUACACCUAUUAAACUGAAGAACAAGAAAUAACAGAGAAGUACAAGAUAGCCAAACAAUAAAUGUACUUUAUUUAUAAAGGCUUUUUUUUAUUAAAAUUGAUAAUAAUAGAAUUAAUUCAAUGUAAGGAUAGUGUUUUAUGUAAAGCAAAAAGA